AUGCAUGGACUACGUCAAGCUGAGAACGAGCUCGAUGUGCACAAUAACGUGGGCAGCAGAGUUCUUGAUGAAGAAGGGUUUCUAGGAAGAUUUCCGCCUCCAGUCUAUUAUGAUGAAGACGGAAUUGCCAAUGUAUUUGCUAUGUGCGAGAUGAUUGCUGCGGGAUACCGCAUAACCAUGGAUACUGCUGGACUCGGGAUGACUGCAAAGAUGGCAACGGUUCGAAAGAACAAAGAAGGAUUCACUCCAAGACAAGUCAAGGCUGCAAUGGAAGCGAGAAGUGCGAUGCACAUACUCAAUACUCCAAGCACCAAAAGUCUGAAGUAUGCAAUCCGAUCUGGUCUCAUCAAGAACUGUCCUAUCACUGAAGAAGCGAUCAAUCAUGCCAAAGCAAUCUUUGGACCUGACGCCUUUACAUUGAAAGGCAAGUCAACAAGACCAACUCCAAAGAAGGACUAUGAACCUGAAGAUGAAGAUGAACGUGAUUUCAACCUACGUGGACAAUUCGAUGAUAUCCAUGACUCCGAAAGAAAUGAGCUCUUGGCAGAUGCAGACAAUGAUGUCGAUGAUAUGCCGGAACUCGCUGUCAGAGUCCAAGGAGAUGAUAACUAUGAAUCAGAUGACAACGAUUUGGGUGAUGAAGGCAAUGACGAGGAAGAACCUAUUGUGGCCGAUUUGGAUCACCAUCAAGAAAAUGUUGAUAGAGGAACCAAUGAUGUUGGAAGCCUCGUUACUGAUCUGGAGGAUCUACAAUAA